AUGCGCUCGUUCACCGUUGCUGCUGCCUUUGCAGCUCUGGCUGUAGCCAACCCUCUCCCUCAGGAGAUUGACUGGGCUGCCGUUGAUGCACUUGCUCCUAUUCCCACUGUCACCAUCCCAGUUGUCGAUGUCAGUGCUCAAGCUAGCACUGUUGCCUAUGAGCCUUCUGCCGCUGCCACUUCCAUCGCUGCAGCGGUCAAGGCCUCGGGCGUUGAUUCCGAUGCUCCCACUGGCCUCAAGGCUCGUGGGGCUGCCAUCUGCAAGCCUCAGCCUCUCGGUGCUGGCCCAGCCCCCAAGGAGGACACCCCUGAAGCUUUCCUGGCCUACCCUGAAUUCUCCAUCAAGGCCAACGCUGCAUCCACCCCCAGCGGAUACUACAACACUUUCAAGGACCUGAAGGCCAGCAACAAUGCUUAUGGCUACAUGGGAUACACUGUCCUCUCCGAAUACUCAACAGAUAUCUGUGCCUCCAAGUGUGAUGCCAUCGAGGGCUGUGCCGCUUUCAAUCUUUACUACGAGCGCGAUCCCACCGUCAACCCCAACGACCAGAGCUGCGCCAACCCUCCCAGCACCACGAACAUAAAAUGCGUGUUCUGGGGCGGACCUGUUAAUGGGGAGAAUGCAAAGAACGCCGGACAAUGGCGUAAAGAUUUCCACGUAGUCAUUGCCGGCUCGAACGGCUAUGUCUCCAACAAGAUCGUUACUCCUCCUGGUUGCACUACUCCCGUCUACCUCGGUAACGCUGCUAUCAACGCUCCUUUCGACUGCAAUGGCAAGGAUACCUACCUCGGUGUCCGUAUCUUCCAGAAGGGACCCUUUGACAUUUCCAAGUGUGCUGCUGCCUGUGAGGCUCAAGCCGACUACGCCAGAGCCCACCCUCCCGCCAACGGUGGCGAGAUCAAGACUUGCCAAUUCUUCAACACUUACAUGCUGAUGAAGAACGGCUCCCCCGUCGGCCAGUAUUGUUCAAUGUACUCAGCUUCAUGGGGCAGCUCUUAUGGCACAAAUUACGGUCAAUUCAGAGGCUCAGACAAGUACUCGGUGGAGUGGUCUUACAUUUCAUCUAACUCGACCAAUCCCAAUCCUGCCUGUAAGCCCAAGGCUUAAGCGGAGAGGACACUGCAGUCUGUUUUGAUGAUUUAUGGACGAUUGCUCUUGUAUUUGAUGUUUCAUGUCACUCUCUUAAUUAUGUACAUACCUCUCUCCGAC